CGGCCUCCCUCCUCGCUAGGCUCGGCUGCCGCCUCCCAGCCCGGCGUCCUGGGCUCGGCCGGCCGGAUCCGCAGGCCUCGGCUCACAGGCUCGGCUGCGGCGGCCGGCGGGCUGGGAACGAUGCAACGCCAUGUCUAGGGCCUGACGCGCUGCCCGCUCUGCGCCCCACCUCGAGUCCUAAAGCCGCGAGCCCCGCUUCCAGCUUUCCGCCCGGCGCUGGCGCAGCCCGCGACCGGCCCCGGCAGCCACCACCGUCAUGUCCCAGCCUGGGAUCCCGGCCCCCGGCGGCGUGCCCGCCGGCCUCCAGGCCCCGAACGGGGCCGGCCUGGCCUCGGGGUCCGUCUACACCAACGGUCCUGUCCAAAAUGCACUGUUAUCCUCACAAGUGCCAGCGAGCCAAGGAUAUAAUUCUCAGCUUCCAGGAUCCUACCCUCAUCUAAUGCCAGCAAAGACUUUGAAUCCAGUUUCUGGACAGUCUAACCUUGGUGGUUCUCAGACUUUUUCUCCAUUGAGUAAUUAUCAGGGACAUGGGCAGACUAUUAAUAGACCACCUGUGGCUUCCAAUCCAGUGACAGCCCCACUCCAUAGUGCUUCUGUUCCCCGAAUGCCUCCUCCACCUACUCCUCAGAAUCCAGCUGCUACACCAAUGCCUUCUGGUAGCUUUCUUCCUGGAGUGAAUGUACCACCACCUGUGAAUUGGCAAUAUAACUAUCCAUCCCCAGGAACACAGACAAAUCAUAUUCCUCAUACGUCAUCCCAAACAACGGUGUCUGGGAAUACAAACUUUCCAAGUCAUCAGUAUAUUUCUUCUGGAGAGCCUUCACUUCAAAACAACUUCAUAAAAUCAGGUUCUGUACCUCCUUCAGUGAAUCCACCGCUACUCACCCCUUUUCAACCAGGAGCUCCCCCUGGGCCCCCUCCAGUUGGAGGGCCACCUCCAGUGAGAGCACCCCCUCCAGUUGGAGGGCCACCUCCAGUGAGAGCACCUCCUCCUCCGAAAUUAUCGCAGAAUGCCGUGUCCCAACCCUCGUUUAAUUCCGCUCUCAACCCAGAAGGUAUCGCAUCAAAUACCAAUAAUGGAUCUAUGGUGGCUCACAAUAGUUAUGAUGAAAUUGAAGGCGGUGGAUUCAUGGCAACACCGCAGGUUACUAAUAAGAAUCCCACAAUGAGCCGAAAUGUUGGAUAUUCAUAUCCCUCCUUACCGCCUGGUUAUCAGAACACAGCUGGAAUGCCACCCUCUUCCUUGAGCUAUCCAAGUGGGCCACAGCCCUUUUCUCAGACUCCCUUAGGUGCUAAUCAUUUAACUGCAAGCAUGAGUGGAUUAAGUCUUCAUCCAGAGGGUCUAAGAGUUGUCAAUCUUCUUCAAGAAAGAAACAUGCUUCCAUCAACACCUUUGAAGCCUCCAGUUCCAAAUUUGCAUGAAGAUAUCCAGAAACUUAACUGUAGCCCAGAGUUAUUUCGAUGCACACUGACUGGCAUUCCUCAGACUCAGGCCUUACUGAAUAAAGCCAAACUUCCUUUGGGACUUCUACUUCAUCCUUUUAAAGACCUCGUGCAACUGCCUGUGGUUACCUCCAGCACAAUCGUGAGAUGCCGUUCCUGCAGGACUUACAUCAACCCUUUUGUCAGCUUUCUUGAUCAAAGGAGAUGGAAGUGUAACUUAUGUUACCGAAUCAAUGAUGUUCCUGAAGAGUUCAUGUACAACCCUUUGACCAGAGUCUAUGGAGAACCUCAUAAAAGACCGGAAGUUCAGAAUGCUACUAUUGAGUUUAUGGCUCCUUCAGAAUACAUGUUGAGACCACCUCAGCCUCCAGUUUACCUCUUCGUAUUUGAUGUGUCCCAUAAUGCAGUUGAAACUGGAUACCUGAAUUCAGUUUGCCAGAGUUUGUUGAACAAUCUGGAUUUGCUUCCAGGGAACACUAGGACAAAAAUUGGCUUCAUAACUUUUGAUAGUACAAUCCAUUUCUACAGUCUUCAGGAGGGUCUUUCUCAACCUCAAAUGCUAAUAGUUUCUGAUAUUGAAGAUGUUUUUAUACCUAUGCCAGAGAACUUACUUGUAAAUUUAAAUGAGAGUAAAGAGCUUGUGCAAGAUUUACUGAAAACUUUGCCGCAAAUGUUCACCAAGACCCUGGAGACCCAGAGUGCCUUGGGUCCUGCAUUGCAGGCUGCCUUUAAGCUGAUGUCCCCAACUGGUGGUCGGAUGACUGUCUUCCAAACACAACUUCCCACUCUUGGUGUGGGAGCCCUGAAGCCACGAGAAGAACCCAACCACAAGUCAUCUGCUAAGGAAAUUCACUUAACUCCAUCCACUGACUUCUACAAGAAAUUAGCUUUGGACUGUUCAGGUCAGCAGGUCGCUGUUGACUUAUUCCUUCUCAGUGGACAGUAUUCGGAUUUGGCAUCUUUGGGUUGUAUUUCUCGGUAUUCAGCAGGUAGCGUCUAUUAUUAUCCCUCUUACCACCAUCAGCACAACCCAGUCCAGGUGCAGAAAUUGCAGAAGGAACUACAAAGAUACCUCACUCGUAAGAUUGGCUUCGAGGCAGUCAUGAGGAUUCGGUGCACCAAAGGUCUUUCCAUUCAUACCUUCCAUGGGAACUUCUUUGUUCGGUCAACAGAUUUAUUGUCUUUGCCCAAUGUAAACCCAGAUGCUGGUUAUGCAGUCCAGAUGUCAGUGGAAGAAAAUCUCACUGACACGCAGUUGGUUUCCUUUCAGUCAGCUCUGUUAUAUACAUCUAGCAAAGGUGAAAGAAGAAUUCGUGUUCACACUCUGUGUUUACCGGUCGUUGCAUCUCUCAAUGAAGUCUUUCUUGGAGCUGAUGUUCAAGCGAUUUCAGGAUUACUGGCCAAUAUGGCUGUGGACAGGUCUGUGACGGCCAGUCUGAGUGACGCUCGAGACGCCCUGGUGAACGCAGUCAUCGACUCGCUCUCGGCUUUCCGCGCCUCAGUCCUGAGUAACCAGCAGCCUGGCCUCAUGGUUCCUUUCUCUCUGAGGCUUUUUCCACUCUUCGUGUUGGCUCUCCUUAAACAGAAAUCAUUCCAGACUGGGACAAAUGCACGGCUAGAUGAACGCAUUUUUGCAAUGUGUCAAGUAAAAAACCAGCCUUUGAUUUACUUUAUGCUCACAACUCAUCCCAGUUUGUAUAGAGUUGACAAUCUCUCAGAUGAGGGAGCACUCAAUAUCAACGAUCGCACUAUACCUCAGCCACCUAUUCUUCAGCUUUCAGUGGAGAAGCUGAGCAGGGAUGGAGCGUUUCUCAUGGAUGCAGGCUCUGUUCUGAUGCUUUUUGUUGGAAAAAAUUGUGGACAGCAUUUUCUCCGCCAGGUUCUAGGAGUAGAAAACUAUGCAUUAAUUCCACCGACUAUGACAGACCUUCCAGAACUUGAUACCCCAGAAUCUGCGAGAACAAUAACUUUUAUCUCUUGGCUUCGAGAGCAGAGACCAUUUUACCCAAUACUUUAUGUAAUACGAGAUGAGAGUCCAAUGAAAGCAAGUUUUCUUCAAAACAUGGUAGAAGACAGAACAGAAUCUGCAUUAUCAUAUUACGAAUUCCUUUUGCAUAUACAACAGCAAGUGAAUAAGUGAACAAAUGAAGAUACUUGUUAGUUAUUUUAAGAAAAGUCAUGAAAUGCACAAUGAGAAUGUGUAAUAAUACCUUCCUUUUCUACUAGGCUUGAGGACUAAUGUGAUGAUUAUAUGUUCUCACUGUGAUUUCAACAAACUAUAGCAAAUAAAGGACCACCACAAAGAAUCAAGCAUACAACUCUAAAAUACUGUAUUUUUAAAAUCAGAAUAUACCUACAUAUGAUUUUAUGCCCUUUUUCAUUUGCUGCCAAUUAUAUUUGCAUUGUUAGGGGUUAAAAUAAGAUGAGACAAUAUUGCAGAGGCAAAGUACAUUUUGUAAAAUAAAGUCUUCUGUGUUCCAGUUGUAUAUUUCUCAUUUUUCCUGAAUUUUGGGCUGCUACAUUUAAAACCUCACAAGACUAAGUGUUGCAGGGAAGUUACAAAUCCAUUGAUUAUGAUCUUUUUCAAAUGAAAACAUUUCAGAAGUACAUGCUACGUAGAAAAACUAUAAUCUACCCUCCAUCUCUGUUUUGCUUUUUUAUGGACAAAGGCUCACUAUAGUCACCAAAAUGAGAGUAAACGAACUCUAAUCAAGCUUGAGAAGAAUAUGAAUACAUUCAAGCUUUAAAAUCUGUCAGUAUUCUGUAUACUUGAAGAACAAAGUCACUUUUAUUGGAAGUGAAAACUAUUAUUUUUCCGAUUUGACUGCAGAACACCUGGACAUACGAUCUUAUUCUGCAGUGAAAAGAAUCUGAGCUCUUUUCAUUAAUACAUCACAUACAUCAGGACUGGCAGUGAUGGCAGGGAAAUGACGAACCUUAGUUAUCUUGAUUCUUUAAGUGGGUAAUAUUUGGUGUAUUUCUGCUCUGUGAUGUGUAAUAAUGCAAAUAUUAUAUUGGUGAAAUGAAGAAGAAUUAAAGACAAAGCUUUCUUAAGUACUGUCUUAAAUGCAUUGGUAGCCUUUUUCUAAGGAGUUAAUAAUUAAAUCAGGGCUGGGAAUAUAGCUCAGUGGUAGAGUGCUUGCCUUGCAUGUGUGAGGUCCUGGGUUAAAUCCCCAGCAUUACACACAGAGAAAUAACAGAUAAUUAAAUUGAAAGCCGCUCAUAAGAAAUAUUUAUUCUGGGAUAGUAAAUCUUAUUAAAGCAUGGAUGCUGCUGUUGAUUUUGGUGGGUACUAAGAUUAAACAGAUUUGAUUUAGGGAGGUUAUGAAAGAAACAUUCUGAACAUGCUCAAGAGGUUUUUUUGUUUCAGUCAGAGAAAUAAAGUAAAAAUCAUUUAAUGAAUUUUGUUUACAAAUGGAUAUAUUAUACAUUUGUAUGUUUAAAGUGCUGUGACAGAAUAUCUUUAAAAGAGUUUGGCCUGGUUUUCAGAGAUUUAUUUUGUCUUGUAUGAACUUCUUAAAGUAAAAGAUGUUCAUGUGUAAUACUUGAUAAAGAGAAUUUUCCUUGUUUUAAUGGGUUAGAAAAAUGUGUUUACAAUCUUGGUCUCACAUGGUCACCAAUAAAAUAGUAAUUUUCAAGUUUACAUCAAUAUGAGCUGACUUUAAUUGAGUUGUUUUGGAUAGGGAAGAAGCAAGUCCCAGGUCCCACAUUACUGCCUGCCUGCCUGCCAGAUUAUAAUUGUGUUUUACAAAACUAGCAUCUUCCCAUGGUGGGGAGAUAGCUCCAAGUGCUGGAGCACAUGCUUUGCACGUGUGGAAAGCCUGGUUUGAUCCCUGGCACUGCAUGGUCCCCCAGCACCUCUGGGAGUGAACACUGAGCAUUGCCAGGUAUGGCCCAGAAACAAUAAAAGUAAAAUAGGAAUAUCAUCUUCCUUAAACAGUGUUAAGAUUUCUUUUCAGUAUGCAAGUUAUAUGAUGAACUGGAAACUUUUUUGAAAAUAGCUUAAUUUAUUAGGAAGUAAUUUUAAAACUGUAGAAAUUAAAAUCGAUUUACAUUUUCCCUUUUGAAGAAACUGAGAGUAGGUACAAUGCACUGAUGUUUCUUAAAAUAACAGAUUAUCUUCAUAAUGUGAAUUUGAAAUGCUGAUAUUUGUAAGUUCUUUCUUACCAGUAGUGAAGAAUCUUCCAGAGGGAAAUGUUUCUGCUUCUAGGGACAAUACUCUUUCUUGUGCCUCACUUUAUCCCUGAGUGGUAUGAAUCUUGUUACCACAUGCUUUGUUAGUAUGUUUCACAAAUUCACUUAAAAAACAUUCUUUUCGGGGCUGAAGAUGUAGUGCAGAAGGUAAUGUGCUGGCCUUGAAGGUGGCCAACCCCAGUGUGGUCCCCAGUACAGCAUAUGGUCCCCGGAGCAACACCAAGACUGUUCCUUGAGCACAGAGCCGAGUAAGCCUGAGCACUCUAGGUGUGGCCCAAAAACCAAAAAAAAAAAAAAUUAUUUUUGGUAUUGCAUAAUGUGCGAUCCAGAAUAAUUUUAUAAAGGUAGGUCACAAAAACAUAACUUUUGUUAGGAUUCAUAAUAUUUGUUCUCCAGAUAACGAGGGAAUGAGCGACUCUUUUGGAGAUACUGAUAUUAAGCAAUUAUCUUUUGCAAUAUUGAAUGUGUUUUUUAGGUUUUUUGGUUUUUUUGGGCAGUAGGGCACUACUUGCUAUCUCAUCUUGUAUUACUUUUUGAUGUAAAGCAACUAAUAUUUACACUAUGCCAUAUUUUUUUUAUUGUAGUUAUAAAUUAUGAAAGAUCCUUGAAUUUUCUACAGAUCUACAACUACUAAAGUGACAAGGGCAAUCUUGGUAUUUAAAUCUGAGCAUGGCAGUUCUACCAUAAAAAGUACUAUAUUUUUCUAAUUUCUAGGAUUUUUAAAAUAACAUUUCUGUAAGUCUGACAUUAAUAUUCACUCAAGCAGUACCAUUUAUUUACUUUGCAUAUAUUUCAUUGUUUUAAUUUAAUGUUUUGAGUCUAAUAGACUUUUACAAUAAUUAGAAUAAAAGAAUUAUUUCUUCUAAUCAAUGAUGCAUAACAGCUUUUAUUUAGGGGACCACCAAAUGUGAUUUCAAGAUUUUGUUAUCUAUUGCAAAUAUAAUCCUUAUAUUGAAAUUUUAAUUUUGUAAAGUAGUGUAUAAUAUUGUAACAUUAAAUUCUGUUCUGAAAUUCAAAUAUGUAUUGAUCUUUCAUGUGUUGUAUUCUAUUUUUUCUUAGGAAAAGAUAGGAUGCAAGAUUUGUCUUCCUUUUUAUAGUUUGUAAUUUUCACUGUUUUAUUCCUGUUUUAAAAUAAUGUCAUUUGUAACCCAUGCAAAUAAUCUUUGGAACUGUGCUAACUUAUCAAUUUGGCUAUUCAAUAAAGUUGAUUGAAAGAGCUUA